UCAACAAGCGACCAGCAGUGCACGUUGUGUGAGGAGCUCGUCGCGUCUCUCACCAUCUGCAAACAACAUGGAAGACGAACAGGAGCAGGUGACGGAAGGUGGAGCCGAGGAAGAAGAGAGCGUAGGGGGCAGCGCCCAGGGAGAAGGUGAUGCUGAGAUGGUGGAGGAAGAGGAGAAGGAUUCAGAAGGCAAGAAGAAGGCUGCUAUCCCCGGCAUUAUAUACCUGGGUCACAUCCCGCCUCGACUUCGGCCGCGUCACAUCCGCAACAUGAUGAGCGCCCAUGGAGAAGUGGGAAGGAUUUUUCUGCAGGCCGAGGAACGUUUUGUCCGAAAGAAAAAGAAGAAAGCCGGCAGCAACGCCCGUGAUUACACGGAGGGAUGGGUGGAAUUUCGAGACAAACGUGUCGCCAAGCUGGUGGCCUCCAGUCUGAAUAACGCCCCCAUGGGUACCCGGAAGAAGAACCGUUUCCAUGAUGACUUAUGGACCAUGAAGUAUCUCCACCGCUUCAGGUGGACCCACCUGAGCGAGAGGCUGGCCAUCGAGAGGCAGGUGCGGAAGCAGAGGAUGCGUGCCGAGGUGUCGCAGGCUAAGAGGGAGACCAACUUCUACCUGCAGAACGUGGAGCGCAGCAAAAAGUUUGCCAAAUCGGAACAAAGAAAGGCGGCGGGCGGCAGCGCGGGGCCCGACAAGCAGUGGAACUUCACACAGCGGAAAACAGAAGAGGAAAUACAGACGCUUAAAUCCGGCGGCGACAAGAAACGCAUACAGAAGAGGCAGGAACAGGCAGAGCGCGCACAGGAACUAUCACAGACCAAUCGCUCGCUUCUUCAGAAAAUCUUCAAUGCUUCCUGAGGAUAGAACAGCAGGGACCGUACCCCGGAGGGUGGGUUACUGCCUCCAACAUGGCCGAUCGCACAGUACAUCUGCACGCGGUACAGCAGCCACCUUCAAGAAAGCGGUUAAAGCGUGGCAUUCCUGUGCUGGAUUAUCAGGUUCUCUGGAUUAUAGUAAUAUCACAAAUGGCACAUUAAGACCUCCUCAUCCGUAGUCUCUAUAUGGACGUCUUAGAGGGGGGGGGUCCCAAGAUGGAGGACCCCCUCCCCUUUGUGUGCCAGAAUGGAGAGCUGGACUCAAGCUAUGGCUGCCAUGUAAUAAAAAUGAUCUCAUUGCCACUGCUUUCAGCCAUGGCUGGUUGUUGGGGUCCUUCUACAUGAGGUUGUCAGACAGCCGUCUCCGGCGCUCCCCUACAAAUGAAUGGAGCAGAGGUGUCCGUUUUUCAGGGGGGCUCAAUGGGGUCCGGGUCCCUGUUCUCUUUUUCAGUCUCAUUAUUAUUAUCACCUACCCUGAGGAUAACAUGUUAUAACCAGAAUACCCCUUUAACCAUUGUUUUUGGAUCAACCCUCCAUGCAGCAGAUAUUUUCUAGCUAGUAGAGGGGGUUAUUGACCAAAGAAUUGCCUUCUGUGAUGUCCAGGUGCCCUACUAGAGACGUGACGGGGGUUGUCUAGUUCGGACUACUCGCUUGUAAUGUACAGAUACGAUGACCAGUCUAGUAUCGGUUCACAGAUGCAGAGUUGACUGCCUCCAGCAGGGGGCGAUCACAUCAUGCCAUCUCAGGACAUAGGACCUGGAGACAGACAGUGUAUUUUCCUGGCUGUAGUAAUGGACCUGCCCCCGCAUGAUCGGAAUGUUUCCUAUUUUAUA